CAACAGUGCUUGCUGGAGAGCAAGUCUCGUGAUUCCAACUGCGCUCACGAUACAGCGUCUGAUUGUCUUGCCAGCAGGAACAGCCACCCACCCCGUGAUCGUUUCGCGUUCACCAUGAAUGUUCCGUCUAGGCCUGCUCCAAGCAAUGCAGGUGCACCUCUGGACUCGGCUCUGAUAGAACUCUCGCUGUCGGAAAGCCAAAAGCAUGGCUCGAAGGCUCGCAGCGCCAAUCGAUACGAUGGCGCUUCCACCAUCCUCGUGCAUUGCCUGCAGCGUGCAGCUGACAAGAAAGGAAAGUCAUUAAUCCGGGCGACCACAUACACUGCGCACGAGGAGGAUCCAGACGCCCAUGCCGCGUCGGACCAGAGCAACAAGGUGGCGCACAAGAUCGUCUCGUGGAAGACCAAGGAGUAUGCCUACCGAAAAGCUGCUGGUUCGGUCGAGACUUAUUUCAAGGAUGGAGGGAACGAAUUGCCGACGCUCGCCCGAGGCCUCUUCACGGAGCAGCUUGAUGGUGAACAUGCCGACGAAGGAGAAGGAGGGGGAAGCGAAGGCAAUGCACGGCAUCGGAUUGUCGUGCGUGGAUAUGACAAAUUCUUCAACAAGGGCGAGAUGGCAUGGACAAAGCCAACCUCUCUGAAACAGUACAGCUCUCCGCCUUACCUCUUGACCUUCAAAGAAAAUGGAUGCAUCAUAUUUGUGUCGGCCCUCACACCAUCUUCUCUCCUCGUCACAUCCAAGCACUCCCUUGGCCCGCUCCCUGCUUCUGUCCUAGAAGAUGGCGAUGAUGCUGACGUCGGCGACCGGCCAGAGGAGUCGGGUUUAUCGGGCCCCUCGAGUGCCAAUGCCAGGGUCGAUACGCAGCAAGCGGACGGCGAGGGUAAAGAUGCGAGCGUCUCGCACGCAGAGAUGGGCUCUUCCUGGCUCUCGGUGCACCUUUCCCGCGUCGGACGCACGCGCGCCGACCUGGCCCACGAGCUGUGGCAGCGUAACGAGACGGCUGUCCUGGAGCUGUGCGACGACAGCUUCGAGGAACAUGUCCUUGCGUACGAGCGUGAGAGGUCCGGGCUGUAUCUCCACGGGCUUAACUCCAACGCGGUCGAGUUCGCCACGCGGGACAUGCGCGAGGUGGAGAACUUCGCGAAGGAGUGGGGUCUGCUCAGCGUCCGAUGGCUCGAGGUCGGUAGCUACGCGGAGGUCGAACGCAUUACGGACGAGGUCGGCCAGAGCGGCAUGUGGCAUGGGGAACCGAUCGAGGGAUUCGUCGUGCGCACGCACAUCCCAACCGAUGCGCCAUCUAUUCAAGACGUCUUGCGAGGCAGUGCAAAUGGGUCACAUGCCGCAAAGCAAGUGGCACGUCCCCCGUACGCACCGGGUCAGGCAUGGUUCUUCAAGAUCAAGUUCGACGAGCCAUACCUCAUGUACCGGGACUGGCGAGAGCUGACGAGACGCAUGCUCGCUGAGCGUAAUAUCUGGCUCAAGGAUCAAUCCAGCGUGAUGAAUGUGAAUGAAAUACAACAGGCUGGCAACAGUAUGAGAGGGAGUGAUCAGGAGGGAGAGGCCAAGAGCGCGCAACAGAUUGUGGGAGGAGACACUGGGGAGAAAGCGGGGUUAGCAUCAGAGAGCCCCUCAACUUCCGGCGCAGCGUCGGCUAUGCAAGUGAUGAGCAAGAAACAACUCAAGAAGCAAGCGAACCAAUUGAACCGAGAAACCAGAAAGCAGCACGCUCUAGCUCACAAGGCUGCCGCAUCCGCGAAUAAAGUCUUGCUGCCGCCAAAACCGGCCCCGCGGUCCAAGCGCGCCGAGACGCUCGCCUUUGUCGACUGGUGCUACGAGCGAAUCUUUGGCAGUGAGGAUGGUGCUGUCUCGCCAGAGCUGGGCAUGUUCGAGGGAUUCUGCCGUGGGAAAGGAAUCAUCGGCGUGCGCAACUACUUCCUCAAGUUCUGCGAAUCGGAGCAAGGGAAGAAACUGCUUUCCCGUUACGGAAAAAUUAACCAAACGGUGGAGGAGGCGACCCGGCGCGAGAAGGAGUCGCGACCGUUUACCAAGACGCUCAUCGUGCCCAUCGCUGUGCCUGGAUGCGGCAAGACGGUGCUGGCUAUCGCCCUGCGUGAGCUUCUUGCUGCCUGCGUGCCAGCGAUCAUCAUUGGCCACACACAGAGCGACGAUGUCAAGGCAAAGAAGACAGGGCCGAUCUUCUUGCAAAACAUCGAGCGCGAGCUAAAGGCGAAUGACUUUGUCAUCGCCGACCGCAACAACCACCUGUUCCAGCACCGUGACGAGAUUGCUGAGGUGGUGGAACGCAUUGAGAGGGAUGGCUUCCGACCGGAGGGAAAGCAGCAGCAGCAUACCCCACAGGGAACGAAAGAGGAAAUCCGCGCUGACGCCAUCAGCAAUGACACAAGCCCGCGCAUCCGAGUCGUUGCCCUCGCAUGGGCCCUAGACGCCAUGUCUCACAAUCAGAUCUUUACCAUUUGCAACUCACGCAUUGUCGCCCGCGGUCAAAACCACCAAUCGCUACGUGCCGACGAGUCUUUGCAGUCAGGCAACGUGCGUGGCGCGCAAAAGUCCCACGAAAAGAUUCUAUGGCGGUUCCUGAGUACCAUGCAGCCUUUCGGGAGCGCGGCUCAUGGGGAGGGCAGCGAAGGGCGCGGAGACGAGCGCUUCGACGACAGCAUCACGCUGCACGUUGACGGAUCACUCGAAGAGAACCUCCGGGUGCUCGUCCAUGAGCUGCGGAGAAUCUGCGGUGGCGUGCUGCCGGGACCGGAACCGAGUCCCUCGCAGCUCGGAGCUGCGCUCGCCAAAGCGCAGCAGUACAAGAUCGGCAUCAGAAAGGAGCAGCGCGAUAGGGGCAUCGCAAAGACGCCAAGUCAGCCGCCGCGGUACUAUGCAAUCGCCGUUGACAUCGAUGUCGACGCUACUGUUCGGGAUGCUCUUCAGCGUAGUCACUGCGAUGUGGCCGCCAAAGCAUCGGCCCUCGCCUUCUUGCAGCGUCUCCGCGAGAGCAGUCGCAUCGUCGUGCACCCGCACAUCACGCUCGUGCACUCGCAAAGCGUCAAAGCGGAGGAGACAGGGGUCUUGGGUGCAGACGCAAAGGGAGCGCUAGCGCGCUGGAAGUGCUACGAAGCGCUGUGCCAGCCAGAUCAGCCACCCGUCUACUUUGCGUUCCAUCUGGACAAGCUCGUGUGGGACGGGCGGGUAAUGGUAAUUGGGGUGCGAGACGUACAUUCCGAGCAAGUUCCGAAUUUCAAUGAUUUGCAGAGCGGCGAAGGAGGGAUGCAGCAAGGAACCUGGCGCCCGCACGUCACCGUCGGCACGGGGAGUGUGGAGAUCCGACCUUUCGAGGCGGGACAGGCUAUAGCAAAAGCGGAAGCUGGAGCUAAAGAGAUCAGCUUGAUGGACCUAUCGUAUCUGAACCUGCAGAUUCAAGGCCAGUUGGCAGGCAUGUAUGCUUGAAACGAGCCAGAUUAUAAAAUCACCAUCAUCAAGCAUCUGUAGCAUAGCCAUAUACAUAGCAAGGCUUAUUCCAG